UCAACUCUUUUUUUGACAAAUAUGUAGGCAAGAAAACUACAUUGAAAGAAUUUGUUGAAAAAUAUGAAGUUGCUUUGCAAGAUAGGGAAGAAGCAGAAAUGCAUGCUGAUUUUAAUACAUGGCAUAAACAACCAGUUCUUAAAACUCCAUCACCUUUUGAGAAGCAAAUGUCAAUGAUUUAUACGCAUGAAGUAUUCAAAAAGUUCCAAGUUGAAAUUAUGGGAUUAUCUGGAUGUCAUGUCAAGAAAAGGAAUGAAGAUAGUCAGCUCACCUCUUUUACAAUAUUCGACUUUGGAAAUAGGGAAGAAUUUGUUGUAGAGUGGGAUGCAUCGAAAGAGAAAAUUUCUUGCAUAUGUCGUUUGUUUGAGUAUAAUGGGUAUCUUUGUAGACAUUCAUUGAUGGCCCUCCAAUAUAGUGGUAUCUUUGCUGUCCCAUCACACUACAUAUUGAAAAGAUGGACAAAGGAUAUCAGAAGUCGGCAUCAUAAAAGAAAAGUUAAUGAAGAUAUUUGUUCGAAGAAGGAGAGAUAUGAUCGUUUGUAUCCAAAGGCCUCUCAAUUGUUGGAGGAAGGAUCAUUAACCAAUGAGAGUUAUAACUUUGCAUGUCAUGCACUGGAAGAGGCCUUGAAACAAUGUGCAUUCCUUAACCGAUCCUUAAAAAAUAGCCAAGAAAAUAGCAGGAAGAGCACUUUGCUUGACAAGAAACUACUUGAUCCUCAAGAUUCAAAAACAAAAGGGGCACCGAAAAGAAUAAAGAGCGGCAUUGAAAGAGGUCGAAAGAGAAAAUCUACUGGUAGCGUGAAAAAGGCUGCAAUCGUUGAAAAAGAAGCAAUAUUUGUCACUGAUGAAGUUGUGGCUGCAUCAACAUCAAUGAUAUAAAAGUUCAUAUUAUGUAGGUGACUUUAUAGAUUUCAUAUUAAGUGGCUGCACUUUGAGUACCCUGUUAAUUAUCUCCCAUUUUCUGCUCAUUUGUCAGGCAAAACAGUAGAGUUCAAGGAGUUGAAGAAUCUUUAAGAUAUUUAUUUUAAAUUUUUAGUUUUACUCAACAAUACUCUCCUAAGUUUAU